AUUUUAUCCUGCUAGGCGGCAUGGAAGAGUUUUGGAGUGCUGGAAGGAUCAGUGGUAGCUCGUGAUUGAACUGUGUUGAAGGAAGCAAAGGGGUGGUAGUAGAUAGGUACAGAAUGCCAAGAGUCUGACGUCGAACCGCAACUUUUCGGUCUGGACUCUUUCCCGCGACAACUUUCUCUGUUUCAACCACCACGAGCCUGUUCUACGACUGGAUUCCAAUAUAUUACCCAUGGAUCUACACUGAUACCAAUACCUUUCACCCUUAGCAACCACAGAAGACCCUAAACACACCAACCCUUUCUCUUCUCCCCUCUCCUCCCAUCAUGAACAACGACCAAUUCCGCCGCCUGGUCCUCGACAACCCAACUUCCAAACCCACCAAAACCAGCCCAGAUGGAUCCUCUACAAGUCAUGAGCAGCGCAAUAGCAUCGGCGGAGCCACUCCCGCCGGCGCAUUAGGGUCACGCCUUCGAUCCAACAUCCCCAUGACACCUCGCUCCCUCACAAAUGUCGACUUUGCUCGCCAAUUAGCCGAAUACCGACGCGAAGCCCAACCCGCUCCGAAACGAUUCAAAUCCUCCGCCGCCCCUAAAGGCACGAAGCUACCAACCGGAUACCAAGAUCGCGCUGCGCUGCUCCGCCAACAGGAAGAUGAGGCAGCGGAGGGAAACGAUCUGGAGAAGCGCGUGAAGGCGCUAGAGGAGAUGGUGAAGUUGGGACAGAUCGAUCAAGCGACGUUUGAGAAGUUGCGCGGGGAUAUGGGCGUUGGUGGUGAUUUGGGGAGUACGCAUAUGGUUAAGGGGUUGGAUUGGGCUUUGUUGAAGAGGGUUAAGGAGGGCGAGGAUGUUUCAGAAGUGAAGGAGAAGGUGGAAGAGAAGGAGGAGGUGGACGACCUGGAUGAUGAGUUGGAUAAGGUGUUAGGGGAGAAGGGGGAGGGUGUGGAUGCGUUGCCGGAUGCGCCAAAGGAGAAGGAGAAGAAGAAAGGGUCUAUGGCUCCGCCGCCACAGAAGAAAUCCAGAGAUGAGAUUCUGAAAGAGCUAAAGGCGAGUCGUGCCGCUGCUGCGGCUGCGGCUGCGGAGGCGAAGGCGGCAGAGCUGGCAUUGGGAACCAAGUUCAAGAGGAUUGGGAGCGAGUCCAAGGUUGAGAAAAAGCGAUGGGUGGAGCAGGAUGAGAAUGGGAGACGGAAGGAGAUUCUACAAAUAACGGACGCGGAGGGCAAGACAAAGAGGAAGGUGAGAUGGUUGGAUAAGCCUGGUGAGGCCGGUGGUACGCCUGCUGGGUUGCUGGUGCCGGAUAAGGAUGCGAAGCCGCUCGGUAUGGAGGUUCCGGCUGAAUUCGCAUCAAAGGCUGCUCCGCCGCCGGAGGAAGAGGAUGAUGACAUCUUUGCGGGCGUUGGGGAUGAUUACAAUCCGCUUGGUGAUAUUGGGGAUGAUGACGAUUCAUCAGAUGAGAGUGAGGAUGGCGAGGUGGUCGAGAAGCCAGCGCGAACGGCAGAACCAGCUUCUGCCAAUGAUACGAAGAAGCCCGCUGAGACAACAAGCCGUCCUCGGAACUACUUUUCUACGUCUACAACCGAUGAGGUCCCCGAGGUGGACCGAUCGAACCCCCUGGCCAAGGAUCCGACUCUGCUGGCGGCUCUGAAACGGGCUGCCGCGUUGCGACAAUCUGAAGAGGCCGCUGCCGACGCCGAAGAUGUCGACUCGGAGACAGCGCUUCGACGGAAGAAAUUCCUGGAGGAGGCACGUCGCCGAGAGGCAUUGGAUGCGAUGGACAUGGACAUGGGUUUUGGAGGAAGCCGCAACGAGGACGAAGAGGACGACGAAGAGGUGGUGCUGGAGACGGAGAACCGUGGCGGAAAGAAGAGGAAACGAGGCCCGAAGAAGAAGAAGGGUGACAAGGACAGCGCGGCAGAUGUGAUGAGCGUGUUGGAGGGGAGGAAGAAAGAGUAAUCUUCUAUUUUGAGAUACCAUGACUAUACUUUCUCCGUUGUGUACUCCCAGAAUAACAACCCCCUAUAACCGCAGACUAUAUACAUCUCCUGAUAUUUCAAAUACAGACUCACC